AUGUCCCUCAGCAGCGGCCCUGCAGGCGGGAAAGGUGUGGACUCCAACGCGGUGGACACGUACGACAGCGGCGAUGAGUGGGAUAUCGGUGUUGGGAAUCUGAUCAUUGACCUGGACGCCGACCUGGAGAAAGACAAACUAGAGAUGUCGAGCAGUAAGGAGGGAGGGGGCAUGGCGGCCCCUCCCAGCGCCGUGGCGGCUCUACCUGAAAAUAUCAAGUUUGUUAGUCCUGGAGCCGCGGCGCAGGGCAAAGAGAGCAAAUCCAAAUCUAAACGUAGUAAAAACUCUAAAGAGAGCCUGAAGGCCCCCGUCUCAGACGGAGCCAAGAAGGAGGUUCAGGGUCGCCCCCCUGGUGACCCACCCCCCCAGAACCCCAGCUCCACCCCCACCAAAGGAACUGACAAGUCCAGUAAACCCUCCCGAAACCUCCCCACUGUGAAAAAGGACAAAGACGGGGUGUCUGGGAAAACCAAGAAGGAGAAAAUGGAGGGAACCGGAGCGGCCAACUCCGAGAAGGAGGCCGUGGCCCCCAUCCUGCCGCUGGGGGCCCCUCGCAGCGGCCCCUUUGAGGGUCAACAAAACCCAGAGCUGACUGCCGCCGAGCAGCUUGGAAAUAUGGCACUGGACUCGACAGGGAUUGGCCAGCCCGUCGCUAUGACAACCGAGCCGGAGGAGAUGGAUAACAGUGAAUGCAGAAACCUGAAGAAGGCGGUCAAUGUGAAGGUAAGACGCCCGCCGCCCCGCUCAUGGGUUCAGACCGGGCCUGUCCUCACUUCCUGUCCCGGUGUGAUGAUGUGAGAAAUGUGGAGUCAUGUGUUUUCAGGUCUUACCGUCAUGAAAACGUUCCUCUGGUUCAGAUUAAAAGUGAAAAUGAGAUUCUGGAUCAGGACCUCCUCAAACUGAGACCUCCUCCUCUGAUGUUGACGUGGACAGUCUGAGUCUGAGGAGGUCAGAUCUUUAAAGAGAGAGGACUAGAGUUCAUGGUAGGGCUGCAUGAUGUUAGAAAAAAUCAACAUUGGGAUUUUUUUCAGUCGCCAUGACGAUGCUUAAACGAUGUGUGGUGCAGCCCUGGUUCAUGGUUUGGCGUCUGGAAGUGAAGCUGUGGAGAGUUCAGGUUUGAGCUCCGUUCCUGCUGGCGUGCAGCAGCGAUCACCCGCUCAGAGCGCUCGGUUCCCCCCCUCUCUGCCAAGUUCCACCUCCUCCUCAGCGGUCCGUCACUCAGCCUUUACUGCGGUCACCUCUGAACCCUCAGUCAAAGCAGACGCUGACCCGGCCACCUGCUGGUGUCAGAGGUCAUCGACCUGCUAAUGGCUCAGCUGCUCGAACCUUUAAAGGGUCGUCUCUCCGACUGAAGGAGAUCUGCUUUAGCUGUGAUGGAAAACCUCCGUCACACCGCAGAGAGACUGUGAGGGGAGACGCUGCAGCUGCCCCUCUGAAUCUUUGAUUGGUUUUUAUUUUUUACAUAUUUUUGGAUUUGAUGGACAUCUAGGUCCAGUAAGGUGUUAAAUUUCUAUGGUAGAUGUCCUUCAUUUAAACAGGCUGUAAAAGCAGCAGUCACUCCGUCCCUCAUGGAGACGUAUCUGCUGACUCAAAGAUCUUGUUUUUGUCUCUGACUGGUUCAGAUGUUUAGUUUCUGACAUUAUUAGAGUAAAGGUUCUAACGCACAGAGACGAACCUUUUAAAAUCUGUAACCAUGAACCUGUGAGGACGAGCAGCACCAUCAGCUGAGAUCAGACCUCUGUCCUAAUGAUCGUCACAGAUAGUGUUUGUUUCUAUCGGCCUGUUUUAAUUUGAGUUUUAGUCUUUGUGUCAAACUGAUAUUUCAGUUUUUAUUAGUUUUACUUCAAACUCAGUUUUUGUUUAGUCAAGUCUUAGUCGAUGAUUUUAAUCUCGUUUUAGUAAUGUAAUUCUGUUUAACCCAGUUAAUACUAGGGCCUGAUGUCGACUAUUAAGGGGGGGGUCUGAUUACCAAUUAAUCGACCGAUUUUUAAAAUUUUUUAAUGAAGUUAAAAAUAUAUAUAUUUACAUAAGAUAUCUACAUUAUUCUAUAUACUGUAGGUUACUGCUCUUCACGCUGACAGGAAGACCGACUGAUCAAACUCAGACCAGAAAAGCGUUUUCAACUACAGCGAAAAUCGGCGAGUUUUGGCCGAUUACCGAUGAGUCUCAAACGGGCUAAAACUGGCUGACUUAAUUGGCUCGGGUCUAGGGUCCGACGGACCCUGGCUCAUACAGUAUAAUUACCUAUUAUAUUAUUUUUCUUUUAGUCAAACCCAUUUCACAAAUCAAACACAGUUAUCUUAUUAUAUUGUUACCUUAUUAACUGAUAUACAUGUAUGUGUGUUGAUGUGGAUACACAAAAAUAUCACAGUUUCAGCAGAUAUUUUGGAUAAACCCACUUCACACUCUCUCACACACACACGAGACACACACACACAGGCUAUGAGCUAGACACAGACACACACACAUGCUUGCUGGACACACACACACACACACAAACACACACACACACACACACUUGGCUGGACAGUGUAAACUAUAAAGUGUCGUUACAUCCAUAUCUUAACUUUCCUCGUUCAUCAUUGAAGACCCUCAGAUGUCUUUUUAGAAUCGUGGUGUUUUUUUCCUGGUUAUUUUACGGUCAUUUCUCCCUUUUUCUUUUUCCGCGACACAUUCUUGUUUGUUUUCCACGUGUUUGUAGUUGAAGUGAGUUCAGAUAUCAUUUCUUCUUUUUCUCCAACUCGCCCAAAAACAUCUUUGCCCACCGCAUCUAAAAAUACCGUGACUAAACAAUUUUGCCUCGUCUGGUUUUAGUCAAGGAAAAUGAAGAGACAUCUUAGCAGCUUUUAUUUAGUGAACCACAUUUAGUCUCGUUUUUAUUCGUCAACAAUAUUGUAUUAUAUAUUUAUAGUUAUUGUCACGAGACCAUCAGUUACGUUUCGUCUCGUCUCCUUUUUUGCACAUGAUAAAGGUUUGAUGAUAUUUGGUCAAAGACAAAGAUCCUGGUUUUAAUUUCUUUAUUUUAAAUCACGUUAAAUUGAAAGGUAAACUUGUCUCCUUGUUUGUGAAUGACGUGGGUGUAGACGGUGUUCAGUCCCUCUGUGAUCUUUAUCCCACUCACUGCUGCUGCUGCCGUCCAAGUGUAGGUUUAACAGGCCGCCUAAUCAUAGCAGCUUUUCAGAAACGAGCUAUUUCCAGUCCUCUAAUCUGAACCUGUUUCUGUUGGAAGACUGUGGAGCAGCAGGUCCUUCAGCAGGUCCUGGAAACUUCACCUGACCUCCUCUGAACUUCAGCACCUUAGAGCAAACAUCUCAGCUUUUACCGUGCUGCUGAUCCAGGGUUACAGAGGCUUUAGAUCAGGAUCUACCCGUCUGUUUGUACACACAUGAACAGGCUGUAAACUCACUGAUCAGGCUGUUGAUAAAUCUGUUAAAAUGGUUGAAAUGACCUUUAAUUCAAGGUUGACAGGCAGCAGAUGAAAACAGACCUCGGAUGUUUGUGUCUCUCUGUGUGUGAACGUUUUUAAAUGGUCUUUAUUAAAUUCAGUCCAAAGGUCUGUCGGCUGUCCUCUGUGUUCAGUCUGACAGUAAAGAAGUCUGAGAGUUCAGAGGACGACACUUCAGGAGAACGAGAACUGAUGAACCGACGAACGAGAGUUUAUUUCAGCUGGAGAGACAGAAACAGAUGUCAGCGUGAGGAGUUCAGACUAAACAGAGAGAGGGAGAGAGGGAGAGAGGGGGAGGACAGUGGAAAAGGAGUAAAGAGUUCUCUUCCUGUUGGACAGACAGCAGCCAGAUUACAGGGAGAGAGAACAGGAGAGAGAAGUUUCUAUUCACUUUGUCUCUGAUAGAAAAACUCAUGAAUGUCCAACUUCAUGGACAGAGAGGACGAGUGUCUCUGCAGGUCCAGAGUGUCUCUGCAGGUCCAGAGUGUCUCUGAAGGUCCAGAGUGUCUCUGCAGGUCUAGAGUGUCUCUGCAGGUCUAGAGUGUCUCUGCAGGUCUAGAGUGUCGCUGCAGGUCCAGAGUGUCUCUGCAGGUCUAGAGUGUCCACUGCUGUCUCAUGUUGUCUGUGUUUAUGUUGGUCUAUUCAAACCCAGACCAGCUGUGAAACCUCUUGGUUUAGAGCUCCCCCUACUGACCAGAGGAGACAGUGUAGCUCAGACCAGAGUCACCCAGGACCUGAACAUGGAGAGUCAGGUCCAGCUAGGUGAGAGUUUAGACCGGACUCCUAUUCUUGUUGAGGAGAGAGUGGACUGACUGACUGACUGACUGACUGACUGACGCAUGUUUACUCCAGUAGGUGGAGACACGCCCCCUUUUCCACUCCUUCCUCCUGGAUCCUGGUUUUUCAGCAGGUUCGGGUUUUAUUUAAAACCACAUUUGUCUCUUCAGUUUUCCAGAGGAGUCCCGGUUUUAGAGGAGGACCUUGGUCCCCUCUCACUUUUUACAGUCAUGUUGAUCAAACUCUGAGAAGGUCAGAUUAGUGCCGUUUCAGUCGAACCAGAAUCUGUCUGCUCUUCUAUCAGCCCGCCCUGUGUGUUUGAAUCUGAAACUGAUCAGGACUGAUCAGACUGUAAAUCAGCUGAUCAGUCGAGGUCCUUCCCGCCAAUAUUUACUCACUUCAGUUUUCUGAACCUUGUUGGCGUUAAACCCCACUUCCUGCUCAGGUCUGCAGGUCCUAGAAUAAUGAUCGUCUCCUGUUUAAAAACCUGGUUCCGCCUCCAUAAACGAGCUGGGCUCACACACUGAUCGGACUGAUCGAUUCCAGGCCGUAUUGAUUGAAACGUGUUGAGAUGAUUUCAGCCCCUGAACACUGAGAUGUUCGUCACUCACUGCUUUGGUUUGGAAGCUGCUUGUUUCAUUAGAAGUGGAUCAGUGAGGAAACUGAGUUCAUGAUAUCUGCAGAACCUGAUCAGCCAUCUUCUGGAGGAACUGGAGUGAGAUGAUUCCAGCCCUGUGGUUUUAACAUCACCGUAAAUAUAUCUGACUCUUUGUUCAUGCACCACUGCUCCACCUCCUCCCUGAGGUGACCGUCUGAAAGGGUCCAGAUCCUGUCCCUCUCUGACGAGGGUGGAGGUGAAGCUCCUCCUCAGAAGACCCUCUCAGCUCAGCUCAGCUCAGCUCUGAGACUCUGUCCCCGAGGUUUCUGGGAAAGUGUGUUCUCUGAAAAAGAAAAGCAUGUAGAGAAGAGAAGGGGCCCCGGCACCCCCGCUCUGCAGCUCCAUGUUCCUGGAAGUGUGCUGAAGAGAGAAGGUCAAAGUCUGAUGAGAUGGUCACGUGUCAUCUUAGCAGAAGGUUAAAGGUCAUCAUGAACUCUCCCACUGUUGGAGACCUGACAGUUUUCGCUGCUCCUCCAGGUUUAUCUCAGGGUUUCCAGUUCUCCUCCUCCUCCUCUCAGACCUCACAGUGGUUCUGGUACUCUUGAGUCCUGGACCCCCUCCAACUUGAUUUCUCUCCAGGUCUCUUUCUCUCCGUCCCAGAUGUUGUUUCAUCGUCUCGGCAUCUCAUGGAGUAAUAACUCCUGACCGGUUCCUCUGAGUCUUUGUGACAGCAGUGAGUGGACCAGGAGGACUAGAGGAGUCCCUUCAGAGUUUUUCACACUUGUUGUUGUUGUUGUGAAGGUCCUUGAAGACGUUUUUGAGCAGGUUUGAUGGACUUCGAUGGUCCUUGAGAGGCUCUGAGGGGCAGCGCGGUUAAAUCUACUCGACACCCUCACUGUCAACGUCGGUGUUGAAUAAGGGACCGUCAAUAAAUUACCGGUUGAUGUUCUCAGAAAAGGCUGUUUUCCUUCAAUAGCUUCACUGUCAUGUGACCAAAAGACCUAAAAUUGAUCUCUAAUAAUAGAACUAAGGUCGAUCAAUAAGACAAACAUUAUUUGAUCAGUUUUCAUUGAUCCCCUAAAGUUCUCUGUGCUCCUUACUUUUUCAACUGAGGAGAACAUGUGAACAGAGUUCGUGUCAGCCCUGUCAGGUAACGCCGGGUCCUGAAGAGGUCAGGAGGUCGUGUGUGAAGGAGCUUCAGCGCUGUCUGAGAAAUAAACAGACCGUCAUCAUCAGUGUUCGGACCGCCGCCGCCGCUGUAGCUCCAGUAACCUCUCCUGAUUGACCUCCGAGAGCAGACCUCAGCACUCUGACCGCAGAGGAGGAAGUCUCUGUCUCUCUCUCUCUCUCUUUCUCUCUCUCUCUCUCCCUGAGUGAGCGAGUGACCUUGAAAGGAAUGUGGCUUGUUGUUGUAAUGAAUACCUCCGACUGAAUGGAGAGGAGGAGGAGGAGGAGGAGGAGGAGGAGGAGCAGAGGGGGAGUCGGUGUUUCCCAGAGCUGCUGUUUGUGUGUGUUUGGUUAAAAGUCUCUGCAGCCAAUAGAGGAGGUGUAAAACUGACCCCUCCCCCUCCUCAGGGGGUUUCCCAGCAUUCCAGGCGGCCAUGUUUUUUUAUUCUUAAAGAGGAGAAGUAGAGGGGGCCGCCGCGGUAACACCCGACCAAACCGGGCGGUAAAACCGGUCAGCUGCAGAGCCACCAUGUUUCCCCGCUCUGAGAGAACGUCUGCAGGGAGGACCGAGACGCUCUGGUCCAUGAGAACCAGGUAAACUCAGACCACCUGAGCAGGACUCAGUCUGAACCUCUGCUUCUUUCAAACGGUGGUCCUCUGUUGAUGGUCGUGUCUGAGUGUCGGUGUUCUUGUUUUGUUUUUAUUAGAGGAUUUCUUCUGAUUUUGUUCCGUGAUCGUAGUUUGAGGAUUUAGACGGUCUUAAACUUUCAAACUGAGUCCCAGAAUGAAGCGAACGAGGAUCAAAGAUUGAAGUCAGACCUGAAUCAUGGACCCUGAGCAGCGUGGGUUUACAAAUGUGAUCCUACAGUGUAGAGUUUUAAUAGACCGAUUAUGGUUCCUACAGAGAUGAUUCAGCAGAGUUCAGGUACUUUAUUAGAUCUUAAGAAAUAAGGACAAACAUGAUGACGGGUUUACAAGAAGGAGAAGAAGAUUAACUUGACGUUCAGACAGCUGCAGUGAAGAAAUAAGAAAAAGUCAAAGUAAAGAGGAUUGCGACGAAAUGUUUGAGCUGUCCAUCAUGAUGUUUUAAAAUUCCCCUGAAGUUUUGUAGAUAUGACCUCUGCAGGACCAGGGAGCUCAUCAGCGUGUUUGUUUACUCUCCUGUUGUGAUCGACUAAAGGGGACCUUCUAGAUUUAACGGUCCGGACUUUGGUUCCUGAUGAAAACAGAUCUAGUGUGUGGAGAACCACACCACUCAGGACAGGAAGUGAAGGGUUAAAUCUGUCAUCAUUUGUCUCCAUGAGUGAGGUCGUAACACGCUGUAGCCAAGAGGUGAAACAGGCUGAUUUGUACUCAUAUACAGACAGAUAGAUAGAUAGAUAGAUACAUAGAUACAUAGAUAGAUAGAUAGAUAGAUAGAUAGAUAGAUUAGAUGGAUACAUAGAUAGAUAGAUAGAUAGAUAGAUAGAUAGAUAGAUAGAUAGAUAGAUAGAUAGAUAGAUAGAUAGAUAGAUAGAUAGAUAGAUAGAUAGAUAGAUAGAUAGAUAGAUGGAUGGAUGGAUGGAUGGAUAGAUAGAUAGAUAGAUAGAUCAUAAAGACAUUAAAAGUGUCUAAUUGAAGUUGGGAAUCUCUGAACCUCUCCUCUCUGUGUCCCCCUUACAGAUGGAGUCCCCGGUCUCCACCCCUGCCCCUCCUCCCCUCCACCUCCUCGCUCCCGUCACCAACAGCGACAUCUCAUCCCCUUGCGAGCAGAUCAUGGUCCGCACGCGCUCAGUAGCGGUGAACACCGCCGACGCCGCGCUGGCCACCGAACCGGAGUGCCUGGGACCCUGCGAGCCCGGCACCAGCGUCAACCUGGAGGGCAUCGUGUGGCAGGAGACGGAGGACGGUGAGAACCAGAGCGUAGAUGUGAAGCACAUAGAGCUCACAGUGUAGACUCAGAGUGUGUAGAGCUUCUAACACCAGUGUGUGUGUGUGUGUAGGUAUGCUGGUUGUAAACGUCACCUGGAGGAACAAGACUUAUGUUGGAACUCUGCUGGACUGUACGAGACAUGACUGGGCCCCUCCGAGGUACGUGGUCCCUACAGACCUCUUGGUUCUCCUGUCCCAGGUCGGCGGCGGUAUCAUGUUGUCAUGGUGAUGUCAGAUUAACGAUGAUGCUGUUUGUGUGGUUCAGGUUCUGCGAGUCUCCCACCAGUGACGUGGAGAUGAGGAGCGGCCGCGGUCGGGGGAAGAGGAUGCGCCCGGGCAGCAACACGCCGCUCAACGACAACAGCAACUCCUCAGACAACAAAGGCAGCGGCAGCAGCAAGACACGUGGCGCAGCGGCGAACAGCAAAGGGCGGCGAGGGAGCCAGACAGCCGGCGGCACCGAGGACGCCAAGGCCAGCCCGUCCUCUGCCAAGAGGAAGACCAAACCCGCCUCAGACAUGGAGCCCACCUCCAGCUCCGAGGACACCAAGGCGUCCAAAAGGAUGAGGACUAAUUCCACCGGCGCCGCUCUCCCCCUCCCUGGAGGGAAAUCAGAGCCCCACCCACAGCUUGACCGCACCUGCCCCUCCCCCGUGCUCAUCGACUGCCCCCAUCCAAACUGCAACAAGAAGUACAAGCACAUCAACGGGCUCAAGUACCACCAGGCACGAGCCCACAACGACCACGACGUCCGGUUGGAUCAGGAUGCCGACAGUGAGUACGGCGAUGACCCCGCCCUCCACCCUGACCCCACUUCCUGCAACGGUGCCGCCAUCUCCCCAGCCCGCUCCACCACGCCAAAAGGACGCGUUUUCGAUGCCCCUUCCCCGUCUCCAGGAAAACUGAAGGGAAAGAAGAAGGCAGGAGAGGCGGAGCUUGAGGUGACGGACGGCGGCGAGGAGGGGGUGUGUCUGACCGACGAGGCGAGCAAUGACGGGAUGGACGAUAGGAAGGCAAAGAAGAUGACGGCGGGGGGCAAACCUGAUAAACUGGCCCAGAAAGGUUUAAAACCCGCCCGCCCUGCUGCCCCCGCCGCCCCCGGAGCCCCCUCCCCCUACGCUCUGCAGGCGUCCUCCCCCGCCCUGGGCUCAGUGGUCCAGUCCGUCCCUAAAAGCCCCCAAAUGAAGAGCAUUCAACCCAAACCCCCGCCACUGGCUGACCCCGCCUCUAGCCCCACCCUGUCCAAAGACAAGAAGAAGAAGGACAAGAAGAAGAGGGAGGGGGGGAAGGAGGGGGACAGUCCGAAGGCCAUGAGUAAGGGGGGGCGGUCCGAGGAGGGGAGGAGCCCGUACUCCGAGGACGCCAUGCUCAACGGCUCCUCAGAAGCUCAUCAGAGCCGGCUCGCCAGCAUCAAGGCCGAGGCCGACAAGGUCUACAGCUUCUCCGACAACGCCCCCAGCCCCUCCAUCGGGGGGGGCAGCAGGAUGGAGGGCGGCCUGGCGGCGCCCAUGCACCUCAACCAGAACGGAGCCGACAACGCCUCCGUCAAAACUAGCAGCCCUGCCUACUCCGACAUCUCAGAUGCAGGUGAGGACGGCGAGGGGAAGACGGAGGGGGUGAAGGUAAAAACAGAGCCGGAUCAGGGGCCCCGGGAUCCAGGGGCCAAGAAGGCGCUGUUCCCCCCUCAGGCCCCCAGCAAAGACUCGCCGUACUACCCCAACUAUGACUCCUACUACUCCCCCAACUACCCCAACCCCAGCCCGGGGGCGGCCCCCUCAGCCCCUCCCCACGUGGAGGGGGCUCAGGUGAAGGUGAAGAAGGAGGAGGAGCCUGAGGUGGGGGAGGAGUCCAAACUAAAGGUGGAGCCUCAGGAGGAGAGGAAGGUGGAGCCUGGCCCUCAGCAGCCGUCAGUCAUCCAGCAGCGCUCCAACAUGUACACCCAGCCCCUUUACUACAACCAGUACUACGUCCCCCCCUACUCAUACCCCCCCGACCAGGCCUACCACGCCCACCUGCUCGCCUCAAAUCCCGCCUACCGCCAGCAGUAUGAGGAGCGGCAACGCCAGGCUGACAAGAAGGCUGAGAGCAAAGAGCGUGAGGCGAGCGCCAAGGAGGAGUGGAAGCAGAAGGCCUCGGUGCCCCCCACCCUGUCCAGAGCCCCCAGCCUCACUGACCUCACAUCGAGGGGGGGGCUGAACCCAAACAAGCCCAAAGAAGCCCCGCCCUCCUCGGAACAAGCCAAGUCUGUCAUCAUGGCGAAGGGAGACGACCCCAAGGCCACGGCUGCCCAGCCUGAGGGUCUUAAGAUGAAGCUGACUGAAGCAGGGCAUCAUGGGAAAGAGGACGCCAAGCCAGGGGUGGAGUCAGGUCGGCCGACAGGUGUAGAGCCCGCCAUGUGGUACAGACAGGUAACUGCAGGGAGACGCACGACAAUUGGAAAAUACAGCUUUGUGUUUUAAUUAGAAAUGACAGACAAUGACUCAGCAGAAAUACAGAUGAUGACUCAGCAAAAUGAACUCAGCAGAAUGACGGAUGAUGACUCAGCAGAAUUACAUAUGAGUCAGCAGAAUGACACACAAUGACUCAGCAGAAUGACAGAUGAUGACUCAGCAAAAUGACAGAUGAUGACUCAGCAGAAUGACACACAAUGACUCAGCGGAAUGACAGAUGACAACAGAAUGAUAGAUGAUGACUCAGCAGAAUGACAGAUGACUCAGCAAAAUUACAGAUAACUCAGCAGAAUGACAGAUGAUGACUCAGCAGAAUGACAGAUGACUCAGCAGAAUGAUAGAUGAUGACUCAGCAGAAUGACAGAUGAUGACUCAGCAAAAUUACAGAUAACUCAGCAGAAUGACAGAUGAUGACUCAGCAAAAUGAAAGAUGACUCUAAGAUGACUUAAAGUCAGCGAUGGUUGAACCUGCGGUCAGAGUUUUCAGUCUCUGAACCUGAUCGGACCUCAGAACCAAAGUUUAAAAAGAACUUACUUUAUUCUCAGACUGGACCAGAAUAUUCUGAUGUUUAGAGGAUUCAGUUGGUGUUUUAAAUCAAAAGUGCAGAAACUUCAGGAUCAGUUAAGAACUGGAUCAGAACCACUUUAGCUGAAGGUGUUUUUUGUUCCACUGUUGAUUCCUCCUUCAGAGUAGAAACCUUAUUUCCUCUCCCUGAAGUGUCUCCUGGUCAAAAACAGUUUAAUUAGUUUAUAAAAAAAAGACAGCAGCAGUUUAUCAUAUUUUAAUCCAAAUCAAUAAAAUGAAGAUCUAUUAUUGAUUAGAUGCAGAAUGAUUAAAUUGACUCUUCUAAAGAUUCUGCUUAGAGCAGCAGGUGGAGCAGCAGCAGGUGGAGCAGCAGCAGUCUGUUCCUCCACCUGCUCUCCUCCUUGACUCUCACACUCCUCCUCCUCCACUCUGUCCUGUCACCUUCUCCUGCUUCUCCUGAUGUUUGACUUCCUCUCCUUCCUCUCCACAGGAGCCAGACUCUCGCUUGUGGCCUUACGUCUACCCCAACAAAUACUCUGAAGCUCCUAAACCUCAGGAGGAGGAGCGGUGGAAGGAGGAGAGGGAGCGAGAAAGGGAACGAGAGAGGGAGAGGGAGCGAGACCGAGACAGGAAAGUAAAGGAGGAGAGGCCACGAACGAAGGAGGGCCUCGUGAAAGAGGAGGUGAAGGAAGGGGGCGAGGGCAGGACUCAGCCGCCUCCAGAGGAGCACAGAGGGGGAGGGAAGGAGACGCGGCCCCCCCACAUGCAGUUCUCCUCCGCCCUGGCUCAGCAUCAGGGAUACAUGCCCUACAUGCACGGACCCUACGCCUACAGCCACGGGUACGAAGCCAGCCACCCCGGGUACAGAGGCGUGCCCUCGGUCAUGAUGCAGAACUACCCAGGUGAGAAAAGAGGAGGAGGAGGAGGAGGAAGAGGAGGAGAGAGGGUCAGGGUUCGAGUCAGUCCAGAUCAAUCACUCUAACUGUCCAUGUCUGUGUUGUUCAGUUUGUCUCUCCUCUCUGUCCUCUCUGUCCUCAGGCUCGUACCUGCCGCCAGGUUACUCCUUCCCCUCAUACGGCGGGAAGAUGGCGGCGUCAGGUGAGGAGGGGGAGAAACCCUCCAGGUCCAGCCCCACUGUGAGGCCCCCCGGUGAGGCCAAAGCCCUGGACCUGCUGCAGCAACACGCCAGCCAGUACAAGAGCAAGUCCCCGUCCAUCCCUGAAACCAAACCCCCCCACGAGCGGGACAGAGAGCGAGAGCGGGACCGGGAGAGAGACAGGGACCGGGAGCGAGAGAGAGACCGGGAGAGGGAGGGUGACCGGCCGCGCUCCUCCCCCUCACAACGUAUCCUCCCCUCCCAUCAUCACCUGGGUUACCCGCUGCUGUCGGGACAGUACGACCUGUCCUACCCCUCAGGUGAGACACCUCAGGCUGUCAGCUGACCCCUCCCCCCUCCUCAGACACGCCUUCUCAGUCUUGUUCACGUGUCGGCCAUGUUGGAUCUGUAGCUAACUCCUCCUCUGUCCUUCAGGUCUCUCCUCCUCAGCCAUCGUCGCCAGUCAGCAGGCGUCCGCUUCGUCCAUGUACCCCCCCGCACGGAGGUGA